UAAGAAGUGACUAGACGUCUUUGAGUCUUUCUUUAUUUUAUUCUUUAGGGUUAUAAUAUAUGUUCUGUUAUUGGAUAUUGGCCGAAAGGCAAUAUAUUGCUGAAACAAUUACUCCAAGAGAGAUACCUGAAGGUGCUUUAAUAUGUUUUGCUUGUUGGGUACAUACCUGGCGUACAAUACAACAACAAGGAAUCAUAGCAGCUUCUACUGUUGUUAUGAAUAUGAAUGUAUGUGUAUGGUGCCGAUGGUCUCUUGCCCAUACACACAGCCACUCCAUACAUGAAGGACCUGAGCGGACCAUAAUAACAGAAAUAAUAUAUCCAAGAGAGAUUCCACCAGGAGGACUGGUUUUCUAUGCUUGUUGGGUAGCAACAUGUAAAAAUGUGGAGCAUGCUAUAAGGAUUGAGGAUGAUCGGCAAACUCCAACCCCAUCUAGCCUUCACCAAGACUAAUGUAUGCAUGGUGUAGAAUGUCUCUACACCGAAAGCUAAAACACAUUGCUCGUGGUCCUGUAAGAGAUAAACUUGCAGCAAGAAUUUACCCAAAUCAGUUACCAGAAUAUGUGCUUAUUUGUUCCAACUGUUGGACACGUGCACAGGAAAAUAUAGGAAUAGAGCAAGAAGUUGUGCAACAAAUUGAUAUGCAGCCACCAAGUGCAUCAAUAACACUUGAUGGUUUUACACACACAACGCAGACAAGUGCUCAUUGUUUAGUGCCGGCUUGUAACAAUGUAGAACGAAAUAGAGUGCCGGAAUACUUAAGAAAAAUUAUAUAUAUUUGAUUAUUAUUUUUAUAAUAUAUAAUCAAUCACACAAUAAAUGAUUUAAUUAAUAGGAAUUUAUUAAUACCCGAGGGCUUGUUUGGAAACAGAGAGGCAAGAGUACCAAUAAUAAUAUGUGAUGGUACCUAUAUAUCUUCAAACAUCAUCCAACUACUUGUUUCAAAAACAAACUUAUAGCUUGCACAAAUAUAGAAACCUUGUUAAACCUUUUCUCAUUGUUGCCACUGAUGGUUACAUUAUUGAUAUUUUGGGGCCCUAUCCAACAACCAAAUCAGAUUAUGACAUCAUGAAAGCUUUGUUCCAAAAUGAAAAUGAGGGUCUAAGGGCUUUUUUUUUCAGCCCAAUGAUGUUUUCAUUUUGUAUCGAGGCUUUCGUGAUUCCAUUCCAAUGCUAGAGGGGUUGGGCUUCAAAGUAUUUAAACAUGAAUCCUUAGAACAAGGAGAGACUCAGUUAUCGACCAUCAAUACGAACAAGACAAGGUGUGUGACACUAUGCAGAUGGGUGGUAGAGGUAGUUAAUGGUCGAUUUAAAAGAGACUUUAAGCAACUGGGACAUGAAUAUUUUGAUUUGGCUGCCACCCAUUUGAUGGACAAUGUUAUAAUUAAUGCCUUCCAUCCAGUGAUUGAAAAUAGACCAAAUGCUGUAGCUAUACUUGAGCAAUACAGAGUGAAAAUAUGCUCAACCGGUUAGCAGAAUUUAUAAUUGCUAGCCGGAUCAACCGCUUUAGAGCCCAAUUCACAAGAAUUGAUGGUCAACUUUCAGAGUUAAGUAUUUUCCCUAAAAUGACUAUGUCUGAAUUGAUACUUUUUGGGCUGGGUACCUAUCAGAUAAAACAGGCUAGAAGCUAUUUUGGGGAACAUAUUAGGCAGCAUGGAUCAUUUCAGGUAGAAGUAUAGGACCAACUGGAAGUAGUAGCAGAAGCAUCCCCAUCCCAACUUGAUCCUUUUUUAAUAAAAGCCUGUAUAAAAACUCGACAUAGCUCAGGACGAACAUAUUAUACCUACAUAUUGCUGGCAAGGGAAGGAUCAAGUGGGGAUGAUAAAAUAAUUAGCUAUUAUUGUAAUUGUAUCUCCGGACAUUGGACAAUGGGUUGCUGUGCUGACGUCAUGACCACUGCGUGGUAUUUGGGUUGGGCUCAGUACCAAGAGAGCAUAGAAGCACCGGUGUCAUUCCUGGAUGGAAUAUUAAUAGGGGAUGAUGUGGAAAACGAAUAAAAUCAUAAGUUCC